AUGUGCACAAAAUUUGUAUCUCCUGUUGUACACAAAAGACAAUUGCGACAGCAUUAUAUCCUGAAACAGAUACUCGGUGGGAAUAUCCAGCUGCAAAUGGAUGAGCCACCCAAAAUGAUUCUUGAUAGUGCAGCAGGUGCAGGCUUUUGGGCCUUUGAAAUUGCACAAAAGUAUCCUGAGAGUAAAGUGGUUGCCAUGGAUAUUUCGCUGCCGACCGAUAGCGCUCAAGUCAAUAAUGGCCAACCGAUCACGCCCAACGUGUCAUUUGUUUUUGGCGACAUCCUCAACACACCUUUACCCUUUGCUGAUGGCACAUUUGAUCUUGUUUAUCAACGCGAAGUUGGUGCUAUUGUUCCAAUCCCCUAUUGGAAACCACUAUUUGAAGACUUCGCAAGGAUUCUUAAACCCAAUGGUUCGGUGCACCUUGUCGAAUAUGAUCUUCGCAUGCCAGACUGUGGGCCAUUAACUCGCAAAGGCAACAAGGCCGUUGACGAGUUUGCUUUAGCUACUGGGUACAACAUGAAAUUUACAGAAGGUUUCGAGGGGCACCUGCUCUCUGUUGGUUUCACAGAUGUGCGGAUUCAAGAGUUUCCCAUCCCAGUCGGCGAGUGGCCCGAAGACGAGAUUCGAUUGCAGCAAGGUUUCUUAGUCAAAUCGGUAUUCAAGGGAAUCCUCAAGAUGGUAAAACCAAGAUUGGCUCCUUUCCUUGAAUUAACCUUGGAUGAAUACGAUCAAUAUUGUGUCGCCGUCAUGGAUGAAAUCGAGAGAAAUAAGGGACUCACAGAGUGGAAAGUGAUUACAGCUAGGAAAGCUUAG